AUUUUCUCUCUUGUUCUUCUUCAUCAUCAAUGGAUGAGAUAAAACCAAAGAAAGAUGAAAAUUCCAAACGUCGUCGUAAUGCCACAGCCAUAUGCCGUGAAACAGGAGACCACGUCCAUUAUCCUCCAACACGCAAAACCAAACCCAAAUCCACACGUGCUCAUCACGCGCCACCACCGAUCCUCGAAUCAAUCUUCAAAGUCACUCACAAGCCACACUACGGUGAAUGCAGGAAGAAUCACGCCGCCGAUAUUGGAACCACCGCAUACGACGGCUGCGGCGAGUUUGUUAGCUCCACCGUAGAAGGAGCUUCUUUAAACUGCGCUGCAUGCGGUUGUCACCGGAACUUCCACCGUGAAGAGUCCAUUCCGGAGAACGGUGGCGUUACUGAGACGGUUCUUGAAGUUCUCAAGAUUUCGUCGUAUCAGUUUCGUCGGAUCUUUUGCUCACCUUACGGCGGCGGAAAAAGCAAAGGAAAGAAGGAGAGUUAUGGAGGAGAUCGGGUUGUUAAAGAUCGAUUUGGCGGUGGAGAGUUAGCGGCGGAGGAGGAGGAGGAGGAGGUGGGGAGAGUGAAGAGAUUGAAGACGAAGUUUACGGCGGAGCAGACGGAGAAAAUGAGGGGUUACGCGGAGAAGCUACGGUGGAAGGUGAGACCUGAGAGGCAAGAGGAGGUUGAAGAGUUUUGUGUAGAGAUUGGAGUGAAUCGGAAGAAUUUUAGGAUUUGGAUGAAUAAUCACAAAGAUAAGAACUGAUUAAUGAUUAUUUACCAAACUCUAAUUGUGUUGCUUUUUUUUUUUUUUUUCUUUUUUCUAAAUUUUUGCAUUCUAGUUUGUUUUUAAUUGGUAGUUUAGUGUAAUUCUGUGUAGUGUAAUGUAUAAAUAACAAGUUCAUUA